UCGAUAUAUGGAGGAAGUCCCGCCCAGGAAACGAAAGGUUUCAGCACUUUUAGGAGGGAAUGGAAGCACGGAAGUUGAGGUAACGUGAUGCCACAAAAAGUCAGCAAAACAUGGCGGACAUGUUGCAAUGAAAAAUCUGUUGAUCGUUAGUUCUUCAUCCAUUAAGGCGGGAGCAAAUGGUGGAAGACUGCACUGAUCACCUGUCAAUCACAAGGCUGACAAACUCUCAGGGCCUUCUUCCAUCUUUAUUCUAGACCACUAAACAGCAGAAUCAAGGCUUUUGGGUUUGAACCUCAAAAGCAUGUCCUCAUCAUCUCUAAUGUUUAGUCAGUGAUUGACAGGUGAUCAGUCCACACCGCUUCCACAUCACUUUUCCAUUAACAAUGGAAUGAUUGUAAUUAGUAGCUAAUUCCCCACAUCAAUACUUUUGAUGAUGCCGACAACCAGGAUGGCCGAAUUGGUGCAGCUUCCUCACCUGGUGAUCUCACAGAGUCUUGAUGCAUUGAUCUUUAUCAUUGGUGGUCCGAUACAGGUUGUCAAACACAAAUGCAGUACUCCCCACUUGUGUUGGCUACCACAUUAACGCUCAAUGUUGAGGUGUCCAUAUAAAAACCAGUAAGACCAUUUGAGUACUGUAAGUGAGAGGCUGUGCUGGGUGGAGCCGCCAUGAGAGUGUCAGUCAGAGUAGGAGUGUCGUCGUGCACUUGUGGGCUGAAAAUGUGAAAUUGUGCUCUGUCGCUCUCUCAGUGUGUGUUCGUGUUGUUAUGGCAACUGCUACGGUAAACCACAAUACACAGUGGGCGAUAACGCUACCUUUAAAGUACAGCUUUAAUCAGCCGUUUUACACUCUAGACUUGAUUACCUAUAGUCAUGCAAGGGUUGUUUUGGCAUGGUUUCGCAAUAAAAAAAAAAAAGAAGCUUUGUCCGGCCAUUGGAUGCCGCCGAGAUUGACCUCACGUCGGAAUGCAAAGGUCACAGUGAAGCGAUGCGCAAAUAGUGGGAACCUUCCCUCCGGUUUAUCAGUCCUGUUCGUCAGGGGGCCUCAUGCAUGAUGUAUGACUGCCAUUUCCUGGCAUUUGCCUUUAUGAGGGAACACACACCGCUUGCUAUGCAUAUCGCAAUUUAAAUAUUAAAAAGCGUCACACAACAGCUGCUGAGGUGAAACUAAGAUGAUGAAUGCACGAAGGUGUGUUCUUCUUUUGCAUGUCCGAGGGCUGCAGCACCACACCCGACAGCAAGAUGGCGCCAGAGUACAGCGCAUUAAAAUCUCACGCCCUCAUUAAGAGGAUGAAAGCGUCUCAGCACCCAUCCAGAGGUUGCUAUGGGUGACCGAGCGCAUCCUUCCUCAUUUUGGAAAAAAAAAAAAACCCAGGGCGGUUGAGAUGAAUCCCCCAUUGUCAUCCCCACAUGGGGGUAGAACCACCAUGGGCGGAUCAAGCUCCAAUGGCAUAUUUUUCCAUGAGCCUGGAUGACAUAAUUAUGUCUGGAGAUGGAGAUAGAUGCGUAGUACCUCCCCCACUCCUCCUCCAUCCCACCCCUUGCACCCUCCCUCCUCGUUCUCAUCCACUUGGAGCGUGCCGCCUCUUAAUGACGGCGCUCACGGAGGCAGGCAGGAGGCGGGCCCACAGGCGUGAAGCAAAUAGUAAAAGGUGCAUCCGAGAGAUACCAGUGCGCGGGAGAAAGCGGAGCCACGCACAGCAUCCCGGUUCUAUCCUAUCUUUUUUUUUUCCAUCCACUGGAUCAAGUGCUUGCUUUCCACCUUUGUUGGAGAUGUGCAAGAAAAGAAGAACCCAGCCGGAGCCCCGGCGUGAACCCGUUGGCCAGUCUGGGCGCAAAGAUCCGCUUCAAAAAGAAAUAAUUCUCCCCGGAGUCCUGAGAAUGAAGACGGCGUGAGCGGAGGUGCACUUCAGGGGGAGGGGCCGCGAAGAUGUCGGUGCCACUGCUGAAGAUCGGCGUGGUGCUCAGCACCAUGGCUAUGAUCACCAACUGGAUGUCGCAGACUCUGCCCUCGCUGGUGGGGCUCAACACCACCAAGCUGACGGCGGCGCAGGGGGGCUACCUGGAUCGCAGCACCGGAGUGCUGCCGGCUAACCCAGAGGAGUCGUGGCAGGUGUACAGUUCGGGCCAGGAUGGCGAGGGUAGGUGCGUGUGCACCGUGGUGGCGCCCCAGCAGUCCAUGUGUUCGAGGGAUGCCCGCACCAAACAACUGAGACAGCUUCUGGAGAAGGUCCAGAACAUGACCCAGUCCAUCCAGGUUUUGGACCAGCGAACCCAGAGAGAACUCCAAUAUGUGGAGAAGAUGGAGGUCCAGCUCCGUGGCCUGCAAACCAAGUUCAGGCAGGUGGAGGAGAAUCACAUGCAGAACAUCGCCAAGCAAUAUAAGGCCAUAAAGGCGAAAAUGGAGGAGAUUAGACCGUUGAUACCAGUGUUGGUGGAGUACAAAGCCGAUGCCAAAUUGGUAUUGCAGUUUAAGGAGGAGGUCCAGAAUCUGACGUCAGUUCUAAGCGAACUUCAGGAGGAGAUGGGGGCCUAUGACUACGAGGAGCUCCACAGCAGAGUGUCAAAUCUCGAGGAGAGACUCCGAGCGUGCAUGCAAAAAUUAGCGUGCGGCAAACUGACGGGCAUCAGCGACCCCAUCACCAUAAAGACGUCAGGGUCCAGGUUUGGCUCCUGGAUGACUGAUCCUCUGGCGCCUGAAGGCGACACUCGGGUCUGGUACAUGGACGGUUACCAUAACAACCGCUUUGUGCGGGAGUACAAGUCCAUGCAGGACUUCAUGACGUCAGACAACUUCACGUCCCACCGGCUCCCCCAUCCGUGGUCCGGAACGGGCCAGGUGGUCUACAACGGUUCCAUCUACUUCAACAAGUUCCAGAGCCACGUCAUCAUCAAGUUUGACUUCCGCACCUCUUCCAUCAGUAAGUCCCGGCAGCUGGACUACGCCGGCUUCAACAACGCGUACCACUACGCUUGGGGCGGCCAUUCCGACAUUGACCUGAUGGUGGACGAGGGGGGCCUGUGGGCCGUCUACGCCACCAACCAGAACGCCGGCAAUAUCGUGAUCAGCAAGUUGAACCCCAACACACUGCAGAUUGUGAAAAGCUGGACCACCAACCACCCCAAAAGAAGUGCCGGCGAGUCUUUUAUGAUCUGCGGCACACUGUACGUCACCAACGGGUACUCUGGUGGUACCAAGGUCUACUACGCCUACUCCACCAACUCCUCUACGUACGAGUAUAUAGACAUCGCCUUUCAGAAUAAGUACUCGCAUAUCUCCAUGCUGGACUACAACCCGCGGGACCGUGCCCUCUAUGCUUGGAACAACGGGCACCAGGUGCUCUACAACGUCACGCUGUUCCACGUCAUCCGCUCAGAGGAACUGUAACCACGGAAAACCGAUUGCAUCCAUGAAUUUGCAAAAGACUGUCAAGAAAAUCCUAUUUAUAAGACCAAGAGACUGAAUGUGCACAUAGACGACUUUACGAAAAAAAAUAUCUAAAAA